ACAACUGAGUUGGUCGUAGAGCUACAGAAAGUGGUGACAGUACUGUAACUAACUAGCUUAGCAUGACGUUCUCAGUACGGGAUGAUAGGAAAUGUGCUGUUGGUAAAAUAAGUAAUUUACAGAGUCCGAAAAGGAUUAUAAACAUCACUGUGGUCAGCAGACAGGAGUUUUAUGCCGCGUCGUGAAAGUGAACCUAUACGAGGUGAGAGAUGUUUGAGAAUUUCAGGGAGAGACUGCAGACAGUGCAGCAGGACUUCACGACAGGAAUUAAGACCCUGAGUGACAAGUCCAAGGAGGCCAAAGUGAAGAAGAAGCAGAGAAGAGAAGAAUGUCUUCCCCAGUGCUCUGCUGGAGCGGAACUGUUGAAUCGAUAUGAAGAGACUUGGGUGACUCUGCACAAACGAGCAAGAGAAUGCGCCAAAGCUGCAGAGACCGUGGACGGGGAGGUGGUGAUGCUGUCUGCCCACUGGGAGAGAAGAAGAGGAGCCCUUCUGGAGCUGCAGGAACAGCUACAGCAGAUACCUGCCUUCCUCACAGACCUGGAGACCAUCACUGCUCGAAUUGCUCAGCUGGAGGCGGAUUUUGAAGAGAUGGAGAGUCAUCUGAUGUACUUGGAGAACCUGUGCGGUCAGUGUGAGCAACAACGCUUCAAACACUAUCAGAUCCUACAGCUGGAGAACUACAAGAAGAAGAAGAGGAAAGAACUUGAAUCUAUUAAAGCGGAGCUGGACUCUGAGCAUGCCCAGAAGGUCCUGGAGAUGGAGCACGCACAGCAAGCAAAGCUAAAGGAAAGGCAGAAGUACUUUGAGGAGGCGUUUCAGCAAGACAUGGAGCAGUACCUCUCUACAGGCUAUCUACAGAUCACCGACAGAAGAGAUACAACAGGCAGCAUGUCCUCUAUGGAGGUGAACGUAGAUAUGUUAGAGCAGAUGGAUCUAACGGACGUGUCUGACCACGAGGCUUUGGAUGUCUUCCUCAAUUCUGGUGGGGAAGAUAACGCCAUCUCCCCAACCGCAGCUCCAGAGGCAGGAUCGUCACCAGCUGAGAUCAGCCUGAAGGUGCCCAGUCAGACGGAGCUGCGGCAGAACAUCUCCUCCCUGUCCUCCUCCUGCACGGACACGUUCAGCGGUGUGACCGAAGGACCAGACGAAGAGGAGGACGCCAGCGAGGAGAGCGGCGGAGGAGACUCUCCAGUGGUGCAGUCCGACGAGGAGGAGGUGCAGGCCGACAUGGCUCUUGCCGGCCUCCCUGAGGCUGAGGAGCGGCUCAAAAACUCAGACGACAGCGACACGCAGACCCCCUAGAAUUCGCCGAAGAGUUUGUAAACUUCACAGUAAAACAACACGGUUAAGUUUCAUGGUGAUGAGACUUGGCGUAACCGAUGCUUGAUCAAACGGCGACGAGGUCAGAGCAAGUGCAGUUUUUACCACCGGCCUGGAGCUUAUGUACAUUUGUCUGAACCUAAAGCUGAGUUUUGAGAGCUUUGCUGUCAAUCUGGAGAACAAUCCUUUCAGACUGUUUUUCUUAGCACUGUGAUUUUUGCUUAAGUAAUGCUGUUCAUUGUAUGACAGUUCAAAGUAUUGUAUGGAGAAACCUGCAGCAUCAUAUUAUAUCCCAAAUAAUAAAGAUUUUCCUAUUAACACAUUACAUUCCUAAUAUCUCCAUAGGCAGUGAACAGCUCAGGUGUGCAGAUGUAUGGCAUGAAUGACGUGUUUCAAAGCAUGUUGAAAUUGCGCUUAAAUGACUGAUGAUGGAUCCACUGGGGACUUGGAGCUUUAAUCUAAUGAACGUUUUUUGUUUGUUUUUUUUCCAGAUGUGGAAUAAAACUGCUGUUGGUUUA